CCAAAUUUUUAGCUUAUAAAAAAGCAGAGCAAAUCCAUAUUAAGCCUCACUCAACUCUAGAAAGGAAAGGAAAAGAAAAACAGAGUUUCAGUUUCAGAAAUUUCUAUUACUGAAGAAAAAGAAUACUCAGCUCAAUCUAAUAUCUUAUCCUAACUAGAGAUUGUUGCUUGAAGAUUUUGAAUUCGGUGAAUAAUAGGAAGUAAAAGCUAAUAAUACUCUUAACAUGGGUUCAUUGGGUGAGAUUGCACCAGAGGAAACAUCCAACAAGCCCCCAGGGAUAAAGUUUGUGGAGCACAUAAAAAAGUCCCCAAUUUCCUUUAAAACCCACCAAGUAAUUGUUCUGAUUGUGACAUUUUUGGCAUACGCAAGCUACCAUGCUGCCAGGAAAACAACAAGUGUAGUGAAAAGUUCUCUUGAUCCCCAAUCACAAGAUUUGGGCUUGAAGUUUGCACCAUGGAGGAUAACAUACCUUCAAUCUCCACCAGAGACCAGAAAGCUUUCCUGGGCUCCUGAAGAUGGUUGGGCACCUUUUAGUGGAUCAGAUGGAACAGCUCUUCUUGGUGAACUGGACGUGGCGUUCCUCGCAGUUUAUGCCAUGGGAAUGUAUUUUUCUGGUCAUCUUGGGGAUAGAUUGGAUUUGAGGAUCUUUUUAACAGUUGGAAUGGUAGGAACUGGUGUGUUCACUUCCCUAUUUGGUCUUGGUUACUGGGGAAACAUCCAUAGUUUUUACUACUUCCUUAUAAUUCAAAUGGCUGCUGGUCUUUUCCAAUCAACUGGUUGGCCUUCAGUGGUUGCAGUAGUUGGUAAAUGGUUUGGGAAGAAGAAGAGAGGCCUUAUAAUGGGAAUAUGGAAUGCUCACACCUCUAUUGGAAACAUCACUGGUUCAUUGGUAGCUUCUGUUUUAUUGAGCUAUGGAUGGGGCUGGUCCUUUGUUGUGCCUGGUGUGUUGAUCACAUUUUUCGGUUUGGUUGUUUUCUUCUUCUUACCGGUGAGUCCUGAGGCCGUAGGAGCUGAUGAAGAUGAAGAUGAAGAUGAACCACAGUCGCCCAAGAAAAUUGGGGAGGCAUUGGAGGUACCAUUUUUGAGAUCAGAGAAAAUGGGAAAUAAGGACAAAGCUGUUGGAUUCAUAGAAGCAUGGAAAAUUCCAGGAGUUGCUCCUUUUGCUCUUUGCCUAUUCUUUGCCAAAUUGGUCGCUUACACAUUUCUCUAUUGGCUUCCUUUCUACAUUAGCCACACAGCUAUAGAUGGCAAGUACUUAUCCAAUGAGACUGCUGGAAACCUGUCUACAUUGUUUGAUGUUGGGGGUGUAGUUGGAGGAAUCCUAGCCGGUCACAUUUCUGAUCGCCUUAAUGCAAGAGCAAUAACAGCAGCGAGUUUCAUGUAUUGCGCUAUUCCUGCUCUCUUCUUCUACAGAAGUUAUGGACAUUUGUCAUUACCUCUAAACAUUUUCUUUAUGUUCAUAACGGGAAUGUUUGUGAACGGGCCAUACGCUCUUAUAACAACUGCGGUAUCAGCUGAUCUUGGUACACAUAGCUCUUUGAAAGGGAAUUCGCGAGCACUUGCAACUGUAACAGCAAUCAUAGAUGGAACAGGCUCGGUUGGGGCUGCAAUUGGACCCUUGUUAACUGGCUACAUCUCAACUAAGAGUUGGAGCUUAGUUUUCACAAUGCUGAUGGGAGCAGCCCUGAUUGCAGGAUUGUUUCUAACUAGGCUUGUUGUGUGUGAGGUGACUGAGAAAAUUGAGGAAUCAAGAUCACAAGGAGGGUCUCCCGCGACCAGAUCUUCAUCUCCAAUUGAUGAGGUUUGAUCUAGUGAUAGCGCGAUUAGUUUAUGUAUUGAGCAACUGUAAUUAUGUAUGCUCUUGUGAUUCAUUCCUUGUAAGAUGAAAAGUAAAAGAUAAAAAAAGGAUCUUAGUAAUUUACAUGGAGAGGAUUUUUCAGCCUUCUACUUGAAUUUACUUCUGAUAUAGAGGAAAAGAAACUCAGUGGAAGAGUGACAAAAGGGUGUGAGGUGGUGGGGAUAGAAUAAUGUGUUUGUAGUUACCUGUUUGUACAGUUUUGUAUGUUAUAGUAAAUUUUGUGUUAGAUUCAAAAUCAAUAAAACAUUUCAUCUGUUCAAUCA